CUCAGAAGAAAGAGCAAAAGUGCACGUGUGUGUGUUUCUGUGUCUCCUCUCCCUUAAUAAUCGAUCAAUCCUUUCCCGUCGGUAAUCCCCUCAGAUCUUUCCAAAAUGUCGACGGAAAAAGAGAGAGAAACUCAUGUUUACCUGGCUAAACUGGCCGAGCAAGCCGAGCGUUACGAAGAAAUGGUUGAGAGCAUGAAGCAAGUUGCAAAACUUGACGUUGAGCUGACUGUGGAAGAGAGGAACCUUCUGUCCGUCGGGUACAAGAAUGUUAUUGGUGCCCGGAGAGCUUCAUGGCGCAUUAUGUCCUCAAUUGAGCAAAAGGAAGAAUCUAAAGGAAAUGAGCAUAAUGUGAAGCUGAUCAAAGGCUAUCGCCAGAAGGUUGAGGAUGAACUCUCAAAGAUUUGCAGCGACAUUCUUACAAUCAUUGACAAGCAUCUGAUACCAUCUUCUGGCUCUGGAGAGGCCACUGUGUUCUACUACAAGAUGAAAGGUGACUAUUUCCGAUACCUCGCCGAGUUUAAGACUGAUCAAGAGAGGAAAGAGGCCGCUGAGCAGUCAUUGAAGGGCUAUGAGGCUGCUUCUGCAACUGCCAAUACGGAGCUCCCAUCAACCCAUCCAAUUCGUCUUGGACUUGCUUUGAAUUUCUCUGUGUUCUAUUACGAGAUAAUGAAUUCUCCUGAAAGAGCCUGCCAUUUGGCAAAACAAGCUUUUGAUGAGGCCAUCUCAGAGCUGGACACUUUGAGCGAGGAGUCAUACAAAGAUAGCACCUUAAUCAUGCAGCUGUUGAGAGACAAUCUCACUCUCUGGACCUCUGAUUUGCCUGAAGAUGGAGGUGAGGACAACCCUAAAGCUGAAGAAUCUAGCAAGUCAGCAGAGGCUCAAGAGCAUUGACAGAAUAAGAAAGAACCUUACACCAUUGAAGUCAUUUGUUCUGGAGCAGUUGCACAGUGACCUGUGUACUCAGAUUUCUCCAAGAAGCAUUGCAUGAUCACCUUUUGUCAAUCUGCUUGGAAGUUGGAUCCAUCAAGAUGACAACAAGACUCUAAAUUUUGAUCAGUCUACUUGCAUGUUGUUUCUUUACCUGUUUUACUUGCUGCUUGCGUCUUCUGUUCUCCUCGACAGCCUCUUGAUCUUUUCAUAGGAUUAUAUUAUUAUUUACCGA